CGGCGCGUAACCUGCGGCGGGUUCGUGUAAAUAAAGCGGUACGCGUAGCUAGCAUGAGUGGUUAGAAAUCAGGCGUCAACAAAUCGAGUUUCCGCGAGGAGGCUCGUGGAGGCUAGAUCAGCGCGACCGACAAUGGCACCCAAGCGCGAAUAUUGACAUUGCCAAAAACAUUACCUCCGAAUAUAUCGGAUUAUUAUCGUAUACGUGGGUGGCACGUACUGCGUCGCAAUUAGUAAUCUACCUCGCGGCUGCCUGUGUCAUAGUUUAUCGCGUAGAAAUCCGGCGCGGGCUAGUUCGAUCGGGCGCUAAGGUUAUGCGAAAAAUGUUUUCUGCACGUAUAGUAGCGCGGCGUGAACCCUGAAGGGUUUUACAGUUAUACUGCAAUGUGGCACAUUUGCAGAAGCACGGAGGACGUUGUGUUCGUCUAGAGCCGCGAUUUAAUCUGCGCGGAGAUAUUGUCAGGGCGAUAGGAGAGAGUGCGUGGAGAAAGUGUGGCAACUAGUUUGGUUGUAGGGUCGGGAUUGGAGAUAGACAAGAUGGACCAGCAGUAUUGUCUACGGUGGAACAAUCAUCCAGCCAACCUCACAGACGUUCUCAGCUCGCUGCUUGCCAGAGAGGCACUUUGUGACGUGACCCUGGCCUGUGUUGGAGAGACAUUCAAGGCGCAUCAGACCAUACUUUCCGCAUGCAGUCCAUAUUUUGAGAGCAUUUUCCUACAAAACACCCACCCCCAUCCAAUUAUAUUCCUCAAGGAUGUCAAUGAUACGGAGAUGAAAGCUUUGCUGCACUUUAUGUAUAAGGGCGAAGUAAAUGUUAGUCAGCAUCUGCUACCGAUGUUCCUUAAAACUGCAGAGGCAUUACAGAUCAGAGGCCUCACUGAUAAUAGUGUAAAUAACAAGACGGAGGAAAAAAGUCCUUCGCCAGAGCCAGAAACACAAACUGGAGUCAGACAUACUGAUUCACCUAACCUCCAGUCUCAUUCUGAGAAAAGGAAAAGAAAGCAUUCAGGCAGCUACGAUGUUUCUCUCUCUGGUCCACCUAGCGAAAGAUUCUUAUCCGAUUCUCAGACAUCCUCGCAGUGUAGUUACAAAUCAAGUCCUCCUGUGAUUCCAAAGUUAAAUAAUGCUCUGGGAGUUGAAAUGGAAGAUGGUGGUCGACCCAUGUCUCCUGCAUCACAACCGCAGACUAUAAAACAAGAGGUGGAUCACCAUUUGCCCGACUUUCAUGACAAUAUUUCUCUACCUACUAGUAUGGAGUGGGAGGUUCAAAGAGAUGGGAAGAGUGACGAAACUAAGGAUGUACAGAACAUGACUCCCAAUCAUCCAGAUUCGGCUGUGGUGCAAGUUUCUCGCGAAAGUGCCAUCAUGGCUGGAAGUUCUCUCUGUGCCAAUAUGUCAGGGACUGCGUCUGAAUUCUGUGGAAAAUCACAUAAUCCACUAAGUCAAAUCGUAUCUAUAAACUCGCACCAUCCAUAUAAAAAUAAUAAUAUUGAUCCGAUGCAGUCUUACGAAUCGUUAGCUGAUUGUUGUCCGAAAGUUAAAAUACCAGAAAGUGAUAUGCAUAGGUCAUUACGAGUAAAUCAAGAACCGGGAAUGUCUGUAAUUCAGUCGACUUUGUGCGCAAACUUGCAACGUCCUACUUCGCAAAGUAGAAAGGCCGGUAGAUUUAAACCCGGGUGGCUAGAUAUAUAUUCCUGGUUACAAUAUGAUGAACGAUUAAAUCUUAUGUUCUGCAAAUAUUGUAGAAAAUGGAGCGAAUCAAUGCCAGAUAUUCGCACUUCGUUCGCAGCAGGAAACGGGAAUUUUAGACUUGAGAUCGUGAACCAUCAUGAUAAGUGCAAAGCGCAUAAUUUAUGCGUGACUAAAGAAAACGAAGCAAGAAAAAGUUACAUUUACACGACAGACUGCUAGCUCAGUUAUAAUCCACUUGUGCCUAUUUGUGAUCAGUUUUCGCUCAAUUAAUUUAAAAGAAAUUACUAUUUAUAAAUGCAAUAUUUACAUUAUACAUAAUAUAUACACAAUUUCACAAGAUAUUGACGCGAGAUUCCAAUAAACUCUCGAAAGUUUAAAUAAACUCGAUACUGUAACAAAACAUAUAAAGCAUACUCGAACUUAUAACAAAGUAUAUCGCAAGCACAUUGUUAUCUUCAAACUUUUUCUAAUUCUUAAAGUAAUUAUUAAAUAAUAUAUAUUAUAUUAUUGUUAAACUAUGUAUACACUAUGAAAUGGAUAUAUUAAUGUUU